AUGUUUCUCAAUCAAAGUCCAUAUAGGAAUGUACCACAUCAAAAUAUACCUAUUACUACUAUCUAUGUUGAUCCUAACAAAUACUAAUUGCCAAACAUUUAGUAACCAAUUAGAUAUCAAUAAUCUCCAAGCACUGAUUAUGGCUAUAGAGAUUCUCAACUUUAACAUUAAUUUUAAGAUUUAGCCAAAAAAUAUGUAUGCAUCUAUGUGUGAUUUGUUAUUUAGCAAGAUUUAUAAAAUGAAAAUAAUUAAUUAUUAAGAUAGCUGUCAGAUAGGCCUUAUAUUGGUUAACCUGAACUUUUGAAUUAAAAAUUGGUAUUAUUAUAUUGAUAUAUAUCUUAGUAAAACUAUGCAAUUGAAAAUGAAAAGCUAAGAUAGCAAUUAACAUACACAUAUGAAUUGUAAGAGAAGUUAACACUUGUUACCAAUUAAUUGGAAAAGGUUAAUGAAGCAUUAAUGCUAUCAAAUUAAGAGAACUAACAAUUAUGUUAAUAAAUUAAUGAAUACAAGAAUUAAUAAACUUAUGUGUAUUAAUUGAACUCAACUAUUCAAACAUAAGAAAUUUAAUUAUAAUAAAAGUAAGAGUAAUUUAGAAAUUUAUAAUAAGAGAUAGAUUAUUAUUAAUAAAUAUUUCAGUAAAAAGCAUCAGAAAUAUAAUAAGCAUAAUUAGAAAUCAAUAGAGUAAUUGGAUAAAAUUAAGUAUUAUAAUAAGAAUUAGAAUAACAGAAAAGAAAUUGUUUAAAGUUAAAAUAAGAAAUUGUUGGAUUAUAAGUUGAAUAAAAUAAUUUUAUAUAAUUAAGACAUGAGAAUAUGUAAUUAAAUGAAAAGAAUUAGGAAUUAUUAAGAAACUAUGAAUAAUAAAAAGCUUUAAAUUAAAAUCUAAUAAUGGAAUUAAAUAAAUCAUAAUAAAUUGAUUCAUAUAUUGAUUAAUUAAUAGAUUAAUUAAAUGAAUAAAGAUCUAAAAUAGAAUUUGCUAGUAAUAAAAUAUAAGAUUAAGCUAAUAAAAUUAAUGAAUUAGAAUUCAUUGCAAAUGAAAAAGCAUAAUUAGAUGUUUAAUNA